GGCUUAGGAAAUUAAGCUCUUUUGUAUAACCUCAUGUUUACCCUCAUGAUGCGAUCCCUUAUUUUUGAUCCGUUCAUUGUCUUUCUAUCGCUAAACAAGCCGUGUCACCAUGUGGAACUCCUUGCCAGAAAAGCGCCGUUUUGUUGUGAUUUUUUCAUCCAUCACAAUCAUUGUACUUUUCGGCCUCGGGUCUGAGUAUCGGUACUCAUAUCUUGAUCAUCAAACACUUUUUACAACAUUCGGAAAGUCAACUCUGCCAUGGAUUGCUACUUCCAGUACUUUUUGGGCUGCGUUCGCUCCACUAUUGGCAGCUGCUGCACCGCGGUGCUCACCCCCGGAGCUUAAUGGUAAAGCAUAUUCCAUGAGCAUUGGCAAGAGAAGAGCCGCGGAUCAUAUUAUCAUGGAUGAAAAAGAUAUCCAAGUGAUGCGACGAUCCCAUACUUGGUUCGUUGACCAACUUAUGCAGAACGCUCCGAAGUUAGAAUUUAAGCAGGGAACCCAGGGAAUUGUCACAUCUGCAGGAGGCGAUUAUUUCCCUCCACUUCUCAUCAGCCUUGAAUUUCUUCGCCGCACCGGAUCUACUCUACCCGUCGAAGUCUUCCUUGCCACACCAGAUGAAUACGAACCAUUGAUAUGCGAGACAAUUCUUCCUUCAUUAAAUGCGAAAUGCCUCAUUCUUUCUGAUAUUAUCGAUCAACACGAGCUGCCAUUCUCUUUUUCGGGAUACCAACUAAAAGCUUUUGCAAUAAUAUUCUCAUCUUUUGAAUCAGUUCUUUUUCUUGAUGCAGAUAACUUUCCUGUCUACUCCCCCGACGAUCUAUUCACUUCCACGCCUUUCACUUCAGAACAUCUUGUGCUGUGGCCAGAUUACUGGAGCCCAACUCCCUCGCCAACUCUUAGUAAGAUAAUUGGUCUUGAAGAAUCCGUCCUAAAUAAUCGCCCUACAAUCGAAGCUGGGCAAAUUCUAGUCAACAAGUCACAUCGAACCGAGGCAUUGUUACUAGCGGCAUACUAUAAUGCCUACGGUGACUAUUAUUACCACCUCAUGACUCAAGGAGGUGCAGGAGAAGGCGACAAAGAAACAUUUUCAAUAGCUGCCCUUGUUCUUGGAAAUAGUUUUUACACCGUAUCUCAGUUACCUCGUCCCCUCGGUUCACGUGGAAAUGGUGCAGCCGUUCUGCAAGCUGACCCUAUAGAAGAUGUGAGCUCAAGAGGAGAGGCAAUCCCAAAACCAUUCUUCAUCCAUGCAAGCUGGCCACCGAAGCUUAAUCCACUACACAAUCAUCAAGACUCGAGACAAUGGGGCAGUAAAGAACACUCACUAAGCACAUUCAAUGGUUUAGAUGUCGAACGCGUAGCGUGGGAAUAUAUGGUACAAAUGGCAUGUGAUGAAAACAUUAUCUUCAAGAGCUGGGGGAACAAAACGGAGAAAGGUAUCUGUGAGCAGACUAGGGGAAGCUUCAAAAAUAUGUUUGGAGAGGAAUAUAAUAAGUUGGGCGGGUGAAUGGAGAUUUGCGAACCUAGCUCUGCUAUGUGUAUGAUCUGUCCAUAAUGGCAAUUCAAGCGAUAUCACAGGGAAUGUGAGCGGCGGUAUAAGACUUCAAAUGAUAAUCGGAAGUUUAAUUGUGCAGAAAGGCUCUGCACUUCGGAUUGGAGAGUCCAGUCAUGAAAUCAAGGUAGUGCUUAUCAGGCAACUAUUGGCUCUUAUCACAACGAGCCCACUUGGAAGCUUUAUCUAACCGCUUCGCUUAUUAAAAAGUGUACGGAAAUGAAACACGCUGAAGAAUUGUUUCAUGGGUUGCUAAUCAACCUUUAUGGAAAAAGUUCCGAGCACAUUCUGCCCGACUCUGUUACUUGCAGGCCGACCAAAAGUAUUUGAAGCUCAGGGUAUCUAUUUCUGGAAUCUCUGGCUUUAAGUAUCAAGUAUUUCAGGAAUGAAGGCCUUGCACCAAGAUCCGGGCCCACAACUGAGCCCAAGAGACUGCAUUCAUAAUCUCUUGAAUAGAUCGAAGGAGUGGCCCACAUGUGCGCGUGUAUGGAUAGGACGUCUCCGUGCCAUUUGGCCCUCCAAAUCUUUAUAAAUCUUCAAUUCAAUCUCAUAGUCCAAACUAAUUCAAUUUUCACCAUCCUGAAAGAGUGGCACUCUGUUAAUUACUUAUGGAAAUGAAUAGCCGAGGUAUACGGUUGUCAAAAUGUCUAUUUGGAUUCAAUAUAUUUCGGUUUACUCAACAAAAUCGCUUUAUGAACUUCCUUGAUAUUACAUCUCUCAUCAAGAAAAUCCUGCGUUUUCAUCUUCGAAUUGCUCUCAUGCCCCCUCAAAUUCUGGAUAAACUGUCCCUCAAAUAAUAAACUCUAUUUAUCAUCAACUGGAUCUUAAUAAAAGAAAAAAGUGCAAAGACGAUAUAGCCGUCGUAUUACUCCACGUUCCACCGUCCAAUAAUAGUAUUAUACAAUCUGACAUCUAAAUAUCCUAGAUGUCUCUUUGAAUAUAUCA